AAUAAAUAAAACAUAAUAAUAAUUUUAAAAACGAUAGAAGGAGCCAGCAGUAGGAAGCCAACUAUCUCGGACCCAAUAUAAGUGUCUCUAUCUUAUUACUUUAAGAUCAGUGUCUGCUUUCUCCUCUCUGCCUCAGAUAUCAUUGUACUGGGAUAAAUAUAAGGAGCUCUGUCUCAGUAAUUGUAUCAUAAUCCUUCUAUCCAUUUUCCUUUCAAACCAAGUUUCCAUAUUGUCUUUUGUUUGCCUAAAAAUUACACAAACUGAUUUUAAUACUUUUUGACAGUGAUGAAAACAGCACAAAAGAUAUUUAACAAAUGCUGAAACCUAGCUAGCUUAUUAGCUGUCACCAGAGGGCUGUUACUGUCACUUUCUAUCCCAGUGCCUAGACCCACUUGCACAUUUACAGUCCUGUUUGGCUUGUCCCACCUUAGAACAUUUGUACUUGUCUGUUCUUCUCUGUAUGGCUCUUCCCCAGAUCUCGUCAUGAACGCCUGCCACUAUCAUUUCUCUAUUUCUCAGAACCGCAUUCUCUGAACACGUUUUUACAACAAAUUUUCUUUUCUAACAACAAAUAUUUUCAGGAUUUAUUCAAGUAGGUCAUAUUUACAACUGUGCCUAGGGGCCCCUGGGUGGCUCAGUUGGUUAAGCAUCUGACUUCAGCUCAGGUCAUGAUCUCACAGUUCACGGGUUCAAGCACUAUGUCUGGCUCUGUGCUGACAGCUCAGAGCCUGGAGCCUGCUUCAGAUUCUGUGUGUGUGUCUCUGCCCCUCCGCUCUCCCUGGCUCUCUCACUCUCUCCCUCUCUCUUUCACAAAUAAAUACACAUUAAAAAAAAAAAAACUGCCUAAUAUUCAAAAAGGGGAAUCUCUUAUGUCUGUUUUUGGAUUUUUUUCUUAUAGAGAUCUUUGUAAAUUUUUAUUCCUGUAUAAUUUAUCAACAUUCUGGGUCUUGAAUCCAUGUCUGUGACCCCACUGCCCCUGCCAUUCUGCAGAAUGGAUGUCGUGUUAGCAGGCAUGAAAACUACACUAAUCUUCUUGUCCAUUUCCAUCAGAGUUCUUGGGUGACCAGGUGCAUUGUCAAUGAUCAGUGAUAUUUUGAAAAGGUUAUUUUUUCUGAGCAGUAGGUCUCAACAGCGGGCUUAAAAUACUCAGCAAACCACAUUGUAAAGAGAUGCGCUAUCAUCCGGCCUUUGUUGUCUGUUGAUGGAGCUCAGCCAGAGUAGAUUUAGUAUAAUUCUUAAGGGCCCCAGGAUUUUCAGGAUGGUACAUGGGCAUUGGCUUCAACUUAGUCACCAGCCGCAUUAGCCCCUAACAAGAGAGUCAGUCUGUCCUUUGCAGCUUUGAAGCCAGCCACUGACUUCUCUCUGGCUAUGAAAGUCCUGGAUGGCAUCUUCUUCCGACAGAAGGCUUCCAGUAGAUUUUCCAACUUAAAAGCUGUUGGUCGGUGCAGCCACCAGCAUGAAUUGUCUCAGCCAGAUCCUCUGGAUAACUGGCUGCAGCUUCUGUAUCAGCACUCGCUGCCUCACCUUGCAGUUUUAUGUUAUGGAGAUGACUGCUUUUCCUUACUCCCACCAACCAUCCUCUGCUCGCAUCAGGUGUUUUUCUGAAGUUUCUUCACCUCCCUCAUCCUUCAGAGAAUUAAUUGAAGACAGUCAGGGCCUUGCUCUGGAUUAGGCUUUGGCUUAAGGGAAUGGUGACCUUCUAUACAGACCACACAAACCUUCUCCAUAUCUACAAUAGGUCUGUUUCAGUUCACUUUCUUUUUUUUAAUGUGUAUUUAUUUUUGAGAUAGAGACAGAGCACGAGCAGAGGAGGGGCAGAGAGAGAGACACACACACAAAAUCCUAAGCAGGCUCCAGACUCUGAGCUGUCAGCACAGAGCCCGACACGGGGCCGGAUCCCAUGAACCAUGAGAUUGUGACUUGAGCAGAAGUCGGACGCUUAACCGACUGAGCCACCCAGGCUCCCCUCACUUCACAUUCUUAUCACCCAUGUGUCCACUGGACUUGCACUUUUAAUUUCCUUCAAGGACUCUUCCUUUGCAUUCACAGCUUGGCUGACUUUUUGGCACAAGACACCUAGCUUUCAGCCUGUCUCUGCUUUCAGCAUGCCUUUCUCACGAAGCUCAUUCAUUUCUAGCUCUUGAUUUAACGUGACAGACCUUGAACACUUAGGAGGCCGGUGUAGGGCUGUCUCAUGGAAAAGAGGCCCAAGGAGAGGAGAAGAGGGACAGCUGGUAGGUGGAGCAGUCAGAAUACACGCAACACUUACUGAUUAAGGUAGCCCACACCUAUGGGCACAGCUCGUGGCACCCCAAAACAAUUGCAAUAGUAACAUCAAAGAUCACUGAGCACAGACCACAGUAACAAAUAUGAUAAUGAAAAUGUUUUAAAUAUUGUGAGAAUUCCCAAAAUGUGACACAGAGAUAAUGUGAGCAAUUGCCCUUGGAAAAAUGGCACCGAUCAACAUGGCGUUGCCACACACCUUUGUAAAAAGCAGUAUCUGUAAAGCACAAUACAACAAAGUGUGCCUGCCUGUAGUUAAGACCUGGAGGAGAAGAGGUUCUAUAUUCUUCUGGGCCCAGGCCACCGCCUUCAGCAGCCCCCUCCUCUUCAUCUCCAGGCAAGCAAAUGAAAUCCUAGAGCAGACCCUUCCUCUUCUCCAAGUCAGAUUUAGUUGACAUCCUACCGACUGCCAUGCUCUACACGCACAAAAUAUGAUAGGUUCCAUGAAUAAAUUGUACCUUCAGUGUUCAUUUUCCCAUACAUAGGAUGUGUUUCAACUAUUUUUGAAUAAUACGAAACAGUAUAUACGUCUUAGGAUCUGUCUUCAUAUAUAAAAGAAUAAAUUACUUGUGAAGAAAAAUCAGGCAAUAUAUUUUCAGUUCAGGCACAGGCAUUUGGUUCCCAAAAGAAUAGUUUGUCCCUUUUUUCUUCUUAAUGUGUUUGUAUCAAAUAUAAAAGUGAACCUAUAGUAACUCUCAAAAGGGAGCAUUAUUUUUAAAGCGGGAAUUUAAGGUAAUCAGGUUCUUGUUUCCCUGGUUCUCUGACACGUUCCUGUCUUGCCAGCCUCGUCACACUGCACCAUCCUUGAGGCAAUGAGGGCUUCUGCUCAUCAGAAAGGAGUGUCUGCGGUAGGGGACUGUGGACCAGGCUUGUGCCACACAGAGAGUGGAGCUCUAUUAGAGAGUAAAAAGGAUACGUGGUCAGAUCCUGCGUUGUUUAAGGGCUCAUUUAGAAGAGAUCAUUUAAAGAAAUUUUUAAAAAACAAGAAAACUUUGUGUACAGAAUCUCAAAGGAUAUAUCUUUUAGGAAAACUUGUAGAAAAUACAGAUGUUUUAGUCAGUUUCCUAUAAACUUAUUUGAGCAAAGCCUUAGGACUCCCCAUGGAGGUAGGCAGGAGCACUAUUAGAGACUUUCCCCCCUCCCCUGGUAACAGAACUUGUGUAAAAUUGCUGAGAGAAGCCAAACCAUUUGUGUCCCAGGGGCUGAGAGCAAACUACAGUCAGGUGAGUUGGGUGGACUGGACGGGGAGGCGGGCUAGUGGAUUUCUGAAGAUGAUGGAAGGUCUAAAGGUCCUACUUGUAAGGCCAGUGAGAAAGCAGGGAAGAAGUUAAAGCUGGAGAGUGUUAGGAAUGAAAUUUGUGCUUGUAAGUGAUAUUAGCCCCACCCAGCAGCCUCUGGAGAGGGGAGUGGUUGCUGGAGGUUGAGCUCUAGAAUCACUCUUGAACACUGGAGACCAACCUCCAGGCUGGUGAGAGCUUCCAUCUGCUGGAGGGUAAUCCUGCCCACCUCCAUGGGGACUGAUGGAUCCUGCCCUGGGGACCCUUCUGGACCUCACUCCGUGUACCUCUUCAUCUGACUGUUCAUCCUUGUAAUAAACCAGUAAAACUGAGUAAAGUGUUUUCCUAAAUUCUAGGAGUCAUUCUAGAAAAUUGCCAAGCCUAAUUUGAGGGACUGUGAGAACCCUUGAAUCUACUGUGCUCUCGGCAGAAAAUGUGGGCAGCCUGGCACUACAUUUAUGGUUGGCAUCUGAAGUAGAGGAAGUCUCAUGGGGCUAAGUCUUUGAACUUGUGGGAUCUGAUGCUGACUCCAGGAAGAUGGUGUCAGAAUGAACUGAAUCCUUGGACACCCAGGCAAUGUCAGAGAAUUAGUUGCUGGUGUGAAGAAAACUAUUUAUAUGAAUUUUUAGAUUUUGAGAAAUCUAUGACUGCUGUCUGUUACAGGGUGUUGGUCAGUAAGUGGGUGGAAGAAAUGGACGUAUAAGGAAGGUAAGAAGGCAGAACUAACAAAAUAUGCUUUUUUUUGGUCUCAGAUGUUAUUGAGCAUGAGCCAUGUAACCAGGCAUUGGGAUAGGUCAUGCGUAUGCAGUUGGAAUAAAACAGCUUUUUUUAUUUUUGGGGGGUGGAUGCAUGCAGAAAGGAUUACAUGGGAAUUGAAGUGGGCACUAAAAGGAAUGGAAUUAGGGGCUGAUAGACUUCAAGUGGUGUCAGAGGACUGUAGGUUCCCAGGUGUGAGGAGAACCUGGGCAUGGGGAAUGAUUCUGUGGACAAGCUGGAAUGAGAGAGGCUGUGAUUGCUGGAGGGAUCUCAGAUUCUUCAUCUGACAGGGAGAAUUCCUGCUUUUCCUGCAUACGGUUUGCACUCUCUGUGAGUGGAAAUCCGGAGGAAGAGACGUGGUGGCCGAACUCUUGAUGAUGCAACUGCAGUGCAUGGGCUUGGUUGGUGGGUGAUUCACCCGUGGGCCAUGGUAGUGGCUGCAGUGACCUCGGCACGUGGUGACAGGUGAUAGAGAUGAGCAAGACCAGCACUUUACACUCCACUGAGGAGGCGGGCCUUUGGGCAGAAAAACAGGAUUAACAUACAGAGGAUUGAUGCAGUGAUCAUUGUUGUUAAGAAUGGAGAGCUCACUGCAGGAGAGAUCACUGUGGGGCCAUCCUUCGGACGAGCCAUCUCAGGAGCCCCUAACCGGACCGCAGGACCUAUCUGCCCUGAUACCUUAUAAAGAACAAGAAUCUGUGACCUACAAAGAUGUAGCUGUAGACUUCACCCAGGAAGAGUGGGCCCUGAUGGACACAUCCCAGAGAACGCUGUACAGAGAUGUGACGCUGGAAAACAUUAGUCAUCUGGUCUCUGUGGGGUGUCAUUUCUUCAGAUCAGAUGUGAUCUCCCAGUGGGAGCAAAGAGGGGAGCUGUGGAGGGAAGAAAGAGGACCUCCCCAAGGCUGGAGUCCAGGCAUGAAAAAUAGCCAUAACAAGCAAGAAAUAAUACCUAUGCAAGAUAUCUGCAUGAACGACCCACCUAACUGCUGGACAGUACAGAAAUGUCACACGGGAGAAGACCUCUCUGUAUAUAGUGGGUUUGAUGAAGUUUUUACUCACACGUACACAUUGACUCAACAUGUCUUAACUCACACUGUACGGAAACCCUAUAAAUGUAAUGAAUGUGGAAAACACUUCACCCGAAACGCCAACCUUCGUACUCAUAAAAUAACUCACACAGGAGAGAAUCCAUUUGCUUGUAAUCAGUGUGGGAGGCGCUUCAGGUAUUUUUCAUCUUUAACUAGACAUAAGCGAAUUCAUACUGGAGAGAAGCCUUAUGAAUGUCGUCUAUGUGGCAAAGCCUUUGUUCGAAGUUCCAUUAAACGACAUGAGAGAACUCACACUGGAGAGAAACCAUUUAAAUGUCAUCUAUGUGGAAAAGGCUUCGUUACUAGGUCUAAUCUUCGAGAACAUGAGAGAACUCACACCGGAGAAAAACCAUAUACAUGUCAUCAGUGUGGAAAAGCCUUUGUUACAAGCUCUAAUCUUCGAGAACAUGAGAGAACUCACAGUGGAGAGAAACCAUAUAAGUGUCAUCUAUGUGGAAAAGCCUUUGUUCAAAGCUCUUGUCUUAGAGACCAUGAGAGAAUUCAUACUGGAGAGAAACCAUAUAAAUGUCCUAUAUGUGGAAGAGCCUUUGUUACAAGCUCUUGUCUUCGAAAACAUGAGAGAACUCACACUGGAGAGAGACCAUAUGCAUGUCAUCUAUGUGGAAAAGCUUUUAUUCAAAGCUCUAAUCUUAGAGACCACGAGAGAACUCACACUGGAGAGAAACCAUAUACUUGUCAUCUAUGUGGAAAAGCCUUUGUUACAAGCUCUAAUCUUCGAGAACAUGAGAGAACUCACAGUGGAGAGAAACCAUACAAAUGUCAUCUAUGUGGAAAAGCCUUUGUUCAAAGUUCUUAUCUUAGAGAUCAUGAGAGAACUCACACCGGAGAGAAACCAUAUAAAUGUCAUCUAUGUGGAAAAGCCUUUGUUACAAGCUCUUGUCUUAGAAAACAUGAGAGAACUCACACUGGUGAGAAACCAUAUACAUGUCAUCUAUGCGGAAAAUCCUUUGUUCAAAGUUCUAAUCUUCGAGAACAUGAGAGAACUCACACUGGUGAGAAACCAUACAAAUGUCAUCUAUGUGGAAAAGCCUUUGUUACAAGCUCUAAUCUUAGAAAGCACGAGAAAACUCACACUGGAGAGAAACCAUAUACAUGUCACCUAUGUGGAAAAGCCUUUGUUCAAAGCUCUUAUCUUAGAGAACAUGAGAGGAUUCACACUGGAGAGAAACCAUAUACAUGUCAUCUAUGUGGAAAAGCCUUUGUUCAAAGCUCUUGUCUUAGAAAACAUGAGAGAGCUCACACUGGAGAGGAACAGUAUAUAUGUCAUCUAUGUGGAAAAGCCUUUGUUACAAAUUCUGAUCUUAGAGACCAUGAAGGAACUCACACUGGAGAGGAACAAUAUAUAUGUCAUCUAUGUGGAAAAGCCUUUGUUACAAACUCUGAUCUUAGAGACCAUGAGGACACUCACACUGGAGAGGAACAAUAUAUAUGCCAUCUAUGUGGAAAAGCCUUUGUUACAAAUUCUGAUCUUAGAGACCAUGAGGGGACUCACACUGGAGAGGAACAAUAUAUAUGUCAUCUAUGUGGAAAAGCCUUUGUUACAAAUUCUGAUCUUAGAGACCAUGAGGGGACUCACACUGGAGAGGAACAAUAUAUUUGUCAUCUAUGUGGAAAAGCCUUUGUUACAAGCUCCGAUCUUAGAGACCAUGAGGGAACUCACUUUAAUUAUAGUGAAUGAACAUGGAAGUGCCUUUAGCCACAGCUCUAAUAUAAUAUCAACCACAAGACUCAUGUGGGGGAAGUUCUAUGGUCAUAUUCAUUAUGGAAAUGCCUUCAUUUUUAAUUUAUCCUUACAUAACAUGAGUGAACUGCAUGUGGAGGAACCCUAUAUUUAUAAUUAAGGAGGAAGAGACAUUAGCUGGUCUCUGGUCAUAGGUUGGACAAGAAAAUCCAGUAUGAAUAAUAAUCUAAUCUCCCUUAAAUGGGAAAUUACGCAGGAAAAUCUUUACAGAAGGAGAUCACUCCAGGACAAUAACAGAAAAAUUAAUGCUGAAGAAGUUAUUCAUUAUUAUAUGCAUGGAAAACCUUUACUAGUAGAAAAACUGUUGUAGGCAUGUGAAGUUUCACACUCUAUAUAAUAGUGAAUGAAUGAAAGUCUUCAGUGAUUUUAAUUCCGUAGUCAACAUGUAGUUUCUCACACUGUAUAUAUACAUUGAUAGAAUCAGAUGAAAGGUUAGACUUUGCAUUAGAAAUCCCUGACUAGGAAAAACAUUUAUCAAGAAUGUCUUAAUAGAGUUUAGUCAUUAAAUUGUAAUUUUGCCUAACGGCCUCUUACUAUAAAAAUAUAAGAAAGAUAUGUAGAAUUGUGACAUCAUCUGGGAAUUCUAAAUUCAGUAUUUUGUAACAAUUUUUUUUGCAGUAGUUCUUGGAACUGCAUAUGAGGCAAACUUGUUGCUGAAAAAGCCAUUAUGUUGGUCAGGGUCCUAUUUUUCAUGCAGCAAUAGUAAUUAUGAUGAUUGGAUUCAACUAGAAAGUGUCUUUGAAUAUUAACUGAAAAACAUCACAAGAUGAUGCGUCAUUACUACAUAUUGUUAACCAUGUAUGUGGGUCGUAACGAUGAACUAAAGAUUC